ACUUCUCCCUCCUUCAGCAUCUUUACCGCCGUCUUUACAUUCAUGCGAAUCCGUCGGCUCCUCAACCCGACCGAGGUGAUACAGACGAGGUAGACCAGGGGCUGGACUUCUUCCGCAUCCGCCAUAUCUUCUUCGGACUAACGACGGCGGCACAGGGCUCUGACCAGGCCGAACAGCCCCUCCUGAAUCUGCCUCACGACAGGUGAGCUAUGCCUUGAUGAACCGGUUUCUUGCUACGCAUUACAAUGCCGUUCCCUUUUAUCUGAAAUCCCGCUAUGACCAAUUGCUCCGGGCCUUGCUUGGCGACGCCGACAACCACCCGUAUAGCCCAGUCCAGAAGCAGAUCGGCCUGCUAGCCAUGGCGACUGCUGCAGCCAAUACCGAGCACUUUGAAUGGGGUGCGACCGUGGCGGAAUACUGUGAAGCCCAGAGUGCAAAAACUGAGCACAUCGUCAGCCUGGAAACCAUCCAACUGGGAAUUAUGAUGGCCAUGUAUAAUCUGGAAUAUGCACGUUCCAACAUCGCCUACGUUGUCAUUGGCAAUGCUUGCCGCAAGGCCUUUGCCGCUGGUCUGCAUCGGCAGCAGUUGCGCGCCGACUCGGAUGACAAUCAGGGGACGCUAGAGCGGCGCCACACCUUUAGGUCAAUGUAUUUUAUAGAAAUAUGGACCAGCUUCUACCUCGGUCGCCCGAGCAUGCUGGAAUUUAUCAAGAUCGAAGUCGCGCAACCACAAGACAUCUUUCUCUCGAUAUUGCUGCACUUCGCGGCUGUCAUGCUCAAGAUCGUCCAGCAAAUCUAUCGCCCCCAAUGCGCCCCAUCCGCCCUGUGGAACAAUGCCAUCGCCGUCGGUAGAGAGAUGGCUGCACUUCAUUCCAAAGCCCAAGCAGACUUCGGGAUCGAACUGGAUGCGCCUCGCAUAAGUGAUCCACGGGGUAUGCGGCCCACGGUUCUUGUAACCUUGUAUAAUUUCAUGUCCUUACUCAUCUUUCGGCCAUUUCUUAUCAUUCGUGGCAAGCUCCAACAUUCACAGGCGGAGACAUUCGAGUCCUCUGCGACUCCGCCGCAACCCCGCCCGGGCAUUCCCAGUUGGCUUAAUGAUGCGUGUCACCGGUGUUUGAAUGCAGCCGAAUCGAUCAUCCUCUACAUUUGCCAGAUUGCCGCCUCCGAUUCUUUACUCUUGGAACUCCGCUUCAACUGUUUCUAUAUGGAGAACUGCCUAUUUGUGCUACUAUAUGACAUGGCUUCCAACCCAGAGAAGCACGCCCACAAUCUGCCCCUCAUCCACGAGGGUUUACAGUUCCUGACCCGCAUGCGACCGGGUGAUCCCGUGUGCAGCUCCAUAACCACCAUCCGCCGCGUUCUGCAUCACCUGAACCUCGACGCCGGACCCGGGGAGCUCGUUCAGGAUCAUCACCAUCAGCAGCAUUCUCCACAACUCCAAGGUUUCGAUCCCUCCUCACCACCGCCGCCACCGCCACCGCCACUAUAUCUGUCUCAGAUGGCCAUGGGACCCGGGGUCUGGGGAGAGCAGCCACAGCAGCACCACCUGCCCCUCUCAUCCCACCCUCUGGGGGAACCCGGAUUGCUGGCUCCCAGUGCGGGUCUACAAUUUGACUUGGAUCUCUCCGGGGCGGACUUCAAUGUGGAUAUAACGGCGAUAGACUGGGGUACAUUUUUUUCUUAUGUGCCGAAUCAAUGAUUCCGUAGGACAGGUUUGAAUUACAAGAGGACUCUAAGAGCACAAAACGCCGAAUUGAGAAGCGGCAGCCCUUGCAAAUCCCCGGUGAAUUCGAAUCUU